AUGCGUUUUUCAAAGUCGUCUGUUGCUGUUGGUGCCUUGAUGGUAUCCUCUGCUGUCGCUACUCCCGUCAAUGUCUAUGAGACAGAAAUCGAACUCCACACUGUCACUGUUGUUGCUGGUCAACAAGCCCCUGCUGCCCCUUCUCCCGUUGUAGCUGCUGCCCCCGCUCCUGCUCCUCCUGCAGUUUCCCAGGCCCCAGCUCCUGCUCCUGCUGCUCCUGCCGUGGCUCAUUCUCAUGCCAAUGGUCCUCAAACCGUUGUUCUCACUGUUGAUGCCGGUGCUGCCCCUGCUCCUGCUCAACCCACUUCGUUUGCCGUUGUAGCAUCUGCUCCUGCCCCUGCUGCUCCUGCUCCCGCUCCCGCCUCUUCUCCUGCUCCAUCCAGUCAAUCGACCCCUGAGGCUGUUGUCGACUCUUAUGCCCAAGGAAUCCUUGAUGCCCAUAACCAAGACAGAGCCAAGCACUCUGCCUCUCCCCUUGUCUGGAAUGCUACUUUGGCCGCUUAUGCCCAACAGUAUCUUGACAACCAGAACUGUGUUUUCGCUCACAGCGGCGGUCCUUACGGUGAGAACAUUGCUUCUGGCUACGGCAGCCCUUCUGAUGCCAUUGGCGCCUGGUACGGUGAGGUCAGUCAAUACAACUUCCUCACCGGUCUCUUCUCUGAGGCCACUGGCCACUUCACCCAAGUUGUUUGGGCCGGUACUGAGCAAAUCGGAUGUGCUCAAGUCAGCUGUAGCGGUGGUGCUUUCUUUGCCUGUGAAUACUACCCCAGAGGUAACAUCAUCGGCGAGUUCCUCGAGAACGUGUUUUCCAACUAA